GUGUGCUAGGGAAAUGUUCCAUGGAAAAUCUGUAGAACUGAUGUAAGAAAAAGCAGCGGCAGGGGUUGGAGCAAGUGAAGUAGAACUGAGACUAUAAAAACACGGAAAGAAACUCACCAUCAGGGCUAAGUUUGGGAUAAACUGCAGACAGGACUCUAAAGUUAGGAGUUCCGUGGACUUCUCACAAGAUGCUGGACCGGAGAUUGGCAAGUGCACACUUCAUCCUGGUUGUGAUUGUGGUGCUGUGGAGCUCAGGAAAGGCGUUCUCUGUGGACUUAGCAACAGAGGCCUCUGAGUUUGGAGGAGCAGGCUUGCCAUCACCACCCACAGGCAGGGAAGAGAAAUCAGCCACUGACCUUGCCUCUAAGCUCCUGCUUCUAGAUGAGCUGGUGUCCUUGGAGAAUGAUGUAUUCGAGACCAAGAAGAAGAGGAGCUUCCCAGGCUUUGGGUCACCCCUGGACAGACUCUCAGCUGGAUCUGUAGAGCACAAAGGGAAACAGAGGAAAGUAGAUCAUUCAAAAAAGCGGUUUGGUAUCCCCAUGGAUCGGAUUGGUAGAAACCGACUUUCUAGUUCCAGAGGCUGAUGGAUUCCCAUUAUGCGUCUGACUUGCACAGAACUUAUAGAAGAUGCUUCAGUGAAGUUCUUCAUUCCUCCCUGCUGGUUAAAUUGUUGAGGAACUAAUCUUCUGCAAACCUUCCCAAAGCUUGAGAACCUCAAUUCCUCAUGUCCUAGUGUUGCUAUGGCUUUAGUUAAGUUGUGCAGAGCAUUUCAGUGCAUGAAUAUCUUUGAGCAUAUUGUUGUAAUGAUUCAUAAAUUGUAACAUGGCCCCUAAACCUACCUUUGAAAACAUUUGUCAAGUAUUAUGCAUUCUCUUGCCAUUAAUGCAUUUACAAUUCAGCUACCCAAUGUGCUUUCUAAAAACCUAGGGUUUAAAGAUUUGAAGAUGUAAGGAAAGAAACACAAAUACAGAAUGCAUGAUGACUUAUAGAGGGUUUUUAAAUUUUUCUGAAAUGUGUCAAAUUUCUGAAAAUCUUCACUCUAGGCUUAGAGAAAAGGCAGCAAAUGAAUGUUUGCUUCAAGUGUGGUAGAUGGCUGUAACAAAGGGAAAUACAUCUUGAGAAAGUUGAGUGAUAGUAUUCUUUAGAAACUAAUAUCUAAAAGUUAAUAUAAGGAAAGUCAAUAUAAUUGGCCUAUGUGUAAUGUUCUUCAGAACUCUGAAUUUAAUAGAUUUAUUUGAAAAGAAAUUACUGUCUCUGUUGUUUAUUUUUCCCAGCUUUGGGGUGGACUAUACAAAUGUUUCCUGUUAGAAGCUUUGUUUUUGUUUUGUUUUGUUUUUCUUUUUCUCUCUAUUAGAUGUUUAUAAGCUACCAAUCCAAUCAAGUAGUACUUCAUGCCUUGAUAAAAUACACUGAAAUCAAUAUUAGGCUAAAAUAUCUCAUAUUGAAGUUUGAAUUUGAGCUGUACAAAUAGACUUCCUGCAUUAUUUAAUUUAAAAAAUAGGCUAUGAGAGCAAGGAAUACAGAUCAAUGGCAUUGUGCCUGCCUAGCAUGAAAGAGACAAAUUUCCUGUCUUAUUGGUAUCAUGGCUUGUGCCUGUGUUCCCAGCACUUGGAGAUAAGAGGAGGAAGAUCAAGAAUUUAAGGCCACCCUCAACAAAGCAGAAAGACUGAGGCUGGGCUGGACAACAUGAGACCUCUGUUUCAAAAGAAGAAAGAAACAAGGGAAGAAAAGAAAGGAAGGAAGAGAGG